AUGCGGAACUCGCAGCGCUUGUGGUGCAGCAAGUUGGACCUGGAUGGCAGCCCCUCUCGGUACUUUCCCCGCUUCCGCCCGCGACGGCUGGUCAUGCCAGUGGAUCCGAGCGAUAUUCACAGCGACAAGCGGCAGCCUAACCCACAAUUCAUGAAGGUAAAAUCACAUAACCGUCAGCGGCGCCGCGCUGAGAUUCGCGGGGCUGUGCAGCUGGCGAGUGUUCCCAAGGAGCGCAGCGUGGGGGAUGUGUUCCGGCUGCUGAUGGAUGCCUGUAAGACGCAGAACUUGUUCUCCGAUGCUGCACUAACACCACUGACUGUGCGGGAGCUGGAGUCGCUUGUGAAGGCCUACGAGGCCGCUGGUGCAGCGCUGCGACGUCCUGUACACGAUCAAGCAGUUUCCCCCAAUCGUGGAACCCCGUCCGCCGGUGCAUCAGCAACUGAGCAGGGUUCUUCACGUAAUGACAGCGCGUUGCAGCACAGCUCUCCACUGUAUUCGUGUGCUUUCCAGGCGAGUCCACCGGCAGUAUCCACGCUGUCCUCCACCUCCGCUUCCGCCUUUGCCACUGCUGCGCAUACCCUCUCCAUUCGCGAAGUGGAUGAGAUGUGGUCGAUGCUCGAUCACACACCCCUCAACGCUCCCGUGCACGGCGCCCUCGCCCUACGCGGGGAUGCGCUGGUACGUUCCGUCUUGCUGGAGCUGAGCUAUUCUGCGUACCCGCGGCUGCGCUCAAAGCAUGUGCAGCAGCUGCUGCACGAGUCGACAGGGCUGCUACCGUGUGGCCGGGUAGCCAUGCGGAUCGGCCUCGCCGAGUACUGUGGCGUAGAAGGCGACAUCGCCAUGUGGCGUGAGCUCAAUAUCCUCUCAGAGCGUAUGCGCAUCGCGCGGAAGGAGGCCGCGGCGCACCUGCAGCGCAUCGAGAAGGGCGUAGCGGCGCAGCGCCGGUGGUACUGGCGGGCUGUUUUGCGCUCCGCCGCUGGACGGCUGAAAUUGUUUCCUGUGCACAAGGAGGACCUGCACCCGCGCAUGCAGUGGGUGCGCAGCUUUCUCUUGGCCUUCAUCGCCUUUGUUGAGGUGGCCGAGACCUCCGGGGACGCUUACGCCCGCGUGCGGCCACUCAUCUAUCACUUGUUUGCCAGUCAACUGGCCCGCCACGUACGGCGCCGUCAGAUCACUGAGGCUGCAGAGACCAUGGUUGCCGCCACGCCUAAGCAAGAGGCUUGUGUAGAUUCUGCCACAGCAUCUUCACCGGUGACUUCGUCCCUAUUGCCGCCUUUGGAUGAUAAUGAUGCGGGUGUGGCAGCGCUCCGCCACCGCGUCGCUGAGGAGCUGGCGCGCGUCAAGUCUCGCACUGCGGACGAGGAGGAGGUCUUGGAGGGUCGCAUGCACCCAAUGAACGCCAGGGCUGACCGGCGGCGCGAGCAGUUCGAGUCAAGCGGCGGCGCUCAUGGUACCCAGAUGCUUCGUAAUGAGGAGCUCGAGAGGCACGCGGAGGACUACGGGCAUCUUGCACCCCCGCUGGUGCUCCACGCACUUGAAUUGUCUAGCACGAAUGCGUUUAAGGAGGCUCAGCUUCUGCUUCGCUAUGCACCGCAGGUGCCCGAGAAACUGCGGCGAGCACCUAUCGACGUUGAUCAGGCUGUACGUCGCGUCGUGGAUGUGCAGGAAACGAACAACUACGCCUCACUGCACAGCGCACAGCAAUACCGUCAGGUGGAGUACACCGUGUGCCGCCUCUACGCUGGCCGUUACUGCCUAGGUGAGGGGAAGGGUGAGACGCUCAUGUCGGCGAUGCAGGAUGCAUCCAUGCAGAUGCUGUUGCAGUACUACCUCCGCUCUCCAGCGUCAGCGCCUUCGCCGCUCGAAUCGUCGACGCGGAAGGAGGGGAGCAGUGAUGGUGUGUGUCGUGUCAAUGCCAGUACUGACACCACUGUGACCGACCUUCCAGACAGUGAGAAGGGCAACUCGGGCGGCGUGCCGGCGCCGCGGAUUCGCCCGCCCAAGAUGGAGGAAGAAAUCGUGCUUUAG